AACAGGGCAUGUGUUAUGUCCUGUGUGGUAGGACUGACUGACCGUGUGGACACCAGGAUGUCCAGAGGAGACAUGGCCAAACCCCUCCUGGGCCAUCGGAGCAUGGAGGGUGACCCCAGCACCACGCCUGCAGCCGGCCGCACCAUCGGGGUGCUGGGGAGCGGGGACUUCGCACGGUCGUUGGCCAUCCGCUUGGUAUGCUCUGGGUUCAAGGUGGUGGUCGGCAGCCGCAACCCGAAGCGAAAAGCCGGCCUCUUCCCUUCCGCAGCAGAAGUCACCUUCCAGGCUGAGGCGGUGAAGAAGACGGAUGUCAUUUUUGUGGCGGUUUUCAGGGAACAUUACUCCACCCUCUGCGACCUGGCUGAUGUGCUGGCAGGCAAGAUCCUGGUGGACGUUAGUAACAACACUGAGGUCAACCAUCACAAAGAAUCCAAUGCUGAGUACUUGGCUUCCCUGUUCCCAGCCUGCACCGUGGUCAAGGGUUUUAAUGUGGUUUCUGCGUGGACGCUGCAGUCAGGUGCCAGGGAUGGAAAUAAGCAGGUUCUGAUUUGCUCAAAUAACCAAGAAGCCAAGCGCACUGUAGCAGAAAUUGCUCAAGUCAUGGGAUUCACCCCUGUGGACAUGGGCUGCAUGUCAUCAGCCUGUGAGAUUGAGAACAUUCCCCUGCGCCUCUUGCCAGCCUGGAAAAUCCCCGUUCUUUUAGCUCUGGGGCUCUUUCUUUGCUUCUUCACUUACAACCUGAUCCGACAGGUCAUCCACCCUUACAUCAGGGAGCAGAAGAACAAGUUGUACAAGAUCCCCAUCGAGGUGGUCAAUACAACGCUGCCUUGCGUGGCCUACGUCAUGCUGUCGCUCGUCUACCUGCCCGGGGUGCUGGCAGCCUGCUCGCAACUCUACUACGGCACCAAAUACAGGCGCUUUCCAGAUUGGCUUGACCAGUGGCUCCAGCACCGAAAGCAGAUUGGUCUCCUCAGCUUCUUCUGUGCAGCGUUGCAUGCCGUGUACAGCCUCUGUCUGCCCAUGCGCCGCUCCCACCGCUACCAGUUAAUCGAGACGGCCGUCAAGCAGGCUAUGGAGAAGAAGAUGAAUAUCUGGGUAGAGGAGGAAGUCUGGAGGAUGGAGAUUUAUAUCUCUGUUGGAAUAAUUGCCCUGGGCUUGCUGUCGUUACUUGCCAUCACUUCACUUCCAUCCAUCGCAAACUCUCUCAACUGGAGGGAAUUCAGUUUCAUUCAGUCCACCCUUGGAUAUAUUGCCUUGGUAAUCAGCACUCUACACACACUCACAUACGGAUGGUCAAGGGCCUUCGAUGAGAACCAGUACAAAUUCUACCUGCCUCCGACCUACACCCUCACGCUGCUUGUCCCAUGUACUGUGAUCCUAGCAAAAAUCAUCUUCAUUUUGCCCUGCAUCCGGCAAAGACUUCUGCGAAUAAGGAGGGGCUGGGAGAAGGGGAGAUACGUGAAGUUUGUCCUGCCCAGUGCAACGGGGGAAUAUUCAAGCGGGGAAACCUCUAGCAACGUCUAACAGAGCCCCAGCUGUGACAGACGAUUUCAAAGUGCUAUCAACAUUUAUAUAAAGGUGUUUCUUUUUCUUAAAUAUAUGUAUGUUUUGGUAUAAUUGUAUUGUGGGUAAAUAAUAAAAUCUGGUGACUUUAGAAAACGGAUGACCAUAAAACUAGUUUAAGACAGUGGUAGUUAAAUUAUAUUGCUGAUUUGCUAGGACAAUUAUUGCCUUAAAAAUGACCGUGAAAGCCAAGCUAGCAACACUAAUACACAUGGGAAACUGAUGGACUUUGUUAGUCAGAUCAGUCACUUGAGGUGCUGGCUGACAGCUCCUCAGACCAGUACUUUUUGGUUGCUUCCCUAGCUGCUCUCAUAAAUUUCAAUGCCUUUUUCUUUUUUUUUUUUUUUUUGUAAUACAAAGUAGCACAGAUUUCCUGGGGUUUAUGACAGCAAAAAUAUCCUGCCCCUUCAGUGUCUGGCUCAAUCAAGACAGUGAUGUUUAGAAAGAUGAAUUGUCUCUGCUUUUAGUCUCCUCGAGAACUGUAUGAACAACAAAGAACAGCAAUAUCUAUGUUCCGUAGCAUCUGCAGAUGUUACUAAAAGCAUCCAAACCUGACAGCAAGUCCAAGUAUCCCUGUUCUCUCACAUACAGACAACACUUCUGGUCCUGUAAGCUGUGCCUGGUGCAUGCUUAUAAGCUACAGAAACAAAGCACCUUAUCCAGCAGAAUAAAAGCAUUUGAAGAGAGAGAUGUCCCUAAUAUCACAUGUCUGGUCUGCACUGCUAGCUCUGAGAUGACAGCUGCUGCUGCUGCAAGUUCUCUGUUUUACUAAGCCAAAGUUUCAAGCAGUAUUUGAUGGAAAUAGAGCGAAGAUAAUUAUCGGAAAGACCUGCUGCUUCACAAAAUUACAUAGAGAAAACCAAGGCCUUCCAGCUGGCCUUACAUCAAAUAUUAGGGCGAAGCUUUUAGAAAUCAUUGUCACCUGAACAUGCCCAUUUAUGCAGACAAAACAGCAGCUCUAAACCCACCAGUUUCUCUAGCAGUCAUAAGAUCUUUGAACAGUCUUACAAAGGGAUCAGCAAGUCUUGAUCACAACAUGAAAACACAGCAGUUGUACAUUUUGAGCACAGUCCUUCAUUGUGUUGCACCUUAAGAAGUCACUUGCUAGAUCACAUAGCAGGUAUCAAAUGCUCUUCUGACUUCACAGCCACUUUGGACAAAGUACAGGGCAAUGAAGAUUUCUGUCCUAAUUUCUUUUCCUACCUGUCACUUUCUAUCCUUUCAAGCUCUUGCUCUUUAUCAGAGUAAUUCUUUAGGUUUUGGACAUCCAAAUCACCAAACAGAGAAUGGACAGCCAUUCACAAAAGCUCAUUUAAAUGCAAGCAAUCGUGAUGACUUUACCUCACUAGGUCAGAUACAAGGACAUGGCUAGAAAAGCCUCAUUUUCCUACAGUUAAGUCAAAGACACCACUCAGUGUUCAGUAUUGUUUUGAAAAACAACAGCUGCCAGCAUCAAACAAGGUGCCGUUUGUGGGACAAGAAAGUACUUGUUACUAGACCAGUUAAUGUAAGUGGGGGGGAAUGAUCAAAUUUGGGGCACAUAAGCCCUUCUGCAAGCCAGAAUUGCUUCUGUAACCUGGAUGAUUUCUACACCAUCAGAGAAUCUUAAGAAUUUCCUCUUUAGCUUCAAAUAACUACAGUGAGUAAUAUUAUCAAAUAUUCCUCUCAGUGCCAGUGAUGAUAUUUCAGUUCUCGCCUACAGCUUAUGGUAAAGUCUCCAAACACUUCUUUUCACUGAAUAGAAAGCAAAUGGUAUGAGGGAAAUGCCUAGAUUUCAUAAUCGGCUGAUGUUUUGGGGGGUUUUUGUAAUUUUUUUUUUUGGCAAUAGCAGGAGGAUACCAUUCUUUCCUACUCUCCCUUUCAGAACGUUGCAGUUAUUCAGGUUUCCCCAUCCACCUCCACAACCUAGCCCAGACAGGCACCUGAUCAAAUCACUCACCAAGCAGACUGAUUACCCAGCACUAUUUAUUUGUGGUUGAAUGGUAGGUUAAGUUUCUGCGUGGAUUUGAGACAGUGUCACCUGUAUAGUUCUACCCACUCCAGUUUAAGUCAUCCUUGAGGGAAAACUGGAUUCAUCAAGCUUGUUCUUUUAGUCUUCUCUUCCAUUUCAUUAUCAAGCAAAGUCAACAGAAAAGCACCAGUUUACACAUUUUCAGGUUACAAUAGUGUAUUCCAAUACCUCUUUUUUCCGACCUAAGCUCCUUUUCACAUCUUUAGAUCAGGCAAGACUACUGCCUGAUGGUAAAA